UCCGUAACCGCUACCCUCUCGUGUUAGACGUGUUUCAAAUUCAAGUUCAAGUUCAUUCAUCCUAGCAUGUUGUUAUUGUUGGUUUAUCUUAUCACAUGCAUGAUGCAAUUAUCAUAGAGAGAGAUUUCUUCAAACUUCAAGUGAACGAUUUCAUAAUAUUCUAAAUCUAAUAUACUUAUAAAAGUUUGGUAUCACGUAUCAGUACAAAAUGGGCACUCCAGCUCCAGCUAUCGGUAUAGAUUUGGGUACUACGUACUCGUGCGUUGCUGUUUUCCAGCGUGGCAAAAUUGAAAUUAUCGCCAAUGAUCAAGGUAACAGAACAACGCCAAGUUACGUGGCAUUUAACGGUGAAGCAAUGUUAAUUGGAGAAGCUGCUAAAAAUCAAGCAGCGAGUAAUGUGAAAAAUACCAUUUUUGAUGUUAAACGAUUGAUGGGCCGUGAAUUUAAUGAUGCUACUGUUCAGUCCGAUAUAAAGCGCUGGCCUUUUCAAGUCAAUGAUUGUGAGAACAAACCGAAUAUCGAAGUUCAAUUUAAAGGCACCAAUAAAACGUUUAUUCCUGUAGAGAUAUCCGCGAAGAUAUUACAAAAAAUGAAAGCAACUGCCGAAGCGUAUCUUGGUAAAACAGUCAAUAAGGCUGUUAUUACCGUUCCAGCUUAUUUCAACGAUUCUCAAAGACAGGCCACAAAAGAUGCCGGUACUAUCUGCGGUUUGAAUGUGUUACGUAUUAUCAACGAACCCACUGCCGCUGGGUUUGCUUACGGGUUAGAGAAUAAAAACUCCUUCAAAGAAACGGUUUUGAUUUUCGAUCUCGGCGGCGGAACCUUCGACGCAUCCAUUCUAACCAUCCAAGACGGCGUAUUCAAAGUUCUUUCAACUGCCGGCGAUACUCACUUGGGAGGUGAGGAUUUCAACAACCGAAUGGUCGAUUAUUUCGUUCGAGAAUUACAACGUCAACACAGGAGAGAUAUCAGUCAGAACUGGAGAGCUCUUCGUCGCUUGAGAACCUUCUGUGAAAUUGCGAAGAGAACUUUAUCAUCAGCUACGAUGGCCCAAAUCGAAAUCGAUUCUCUGUGCGAUGGGAUCGACUUUUAUACUACGAUAUCGCGGGCUCGUUUUGAAGAAUUGAACAUUGAUUUAUUUCAAAAGGCAAUGUCCCUGGUUGAAAAAGCAAUUCACGAUGCCAAUAUCAAUAAAACUCAGAUCGAUCAAGUAAUCUUAGUUGGCGGAUCAUCUCGAAUUCCUAAAAUACAAAUGAUGUUGCAAGACUUCUUCGAGGGAAAAACAUUGAACAAAUCGAUCAAUCCGGAUGAAGCUGUAGCCUACGGAGCCGCCGUUCAGGCGGCAAUAUUAAACGGCGACAGAUCAAAGAUCGCUGCGCGAGAUUUUGUGCUGAUUGACGUUGCACCAUUGUCGCUGGGUAUUGGUAUUCACCGGGACUUCGAAGAUAUGGGUGUGAUCAUUAAGCGUAAUACGGCCAUUCCAGCCAGAAUAACGAAAGGUCUCUCCACGAGGAACGAUUAUGCAACUUUUAUAAUUUGUAAAGUCUUCGAAGGCGAGUAUACGGCAACGAAGUAUAACCAUUUACUUGGCGAAUUCGUACUUGGGAUCCCUCCAGCGCCUGCCGGUGUAGCAAAAGUCGAUGUGACAUUUGACAUCGAUUCUAACGGUAUUUUAAACGUAACCGCUGUCGUAAGAUCAACCGGCAAUUCUAAUCAAAUUACUAUUAAGCGUGAGAACGGUCGUCUUACUCAGGAGCAAAUUAACCGUAUGGUUCAAGACGCUGAAAGAUGCCUGGAGAGCGUGGUGCUGUGAAAGGGAUACGUUGAAUUUUAAUUUUUGUGUAUCAUGUGUAUUUCUAUCAGUAGGCACAUAUUUAGUUCAGUUAUGUCGAGUGUUUAUUUUAGUCUCAUUUCGUUAAAUCUGACAGCGUUCGGCAAAGAUUUAAAAAAUCAUCGUAUGUGUAUAUUAUAAAAUGUAGAUUGGUUGAAAAGUUUUUUUUUUAGACGUAGGUACGUUUUUUUCUUAAGAGUCAUCAUGUUUAAGUAUAUUGUUUUUUAAAGUAGGUAAAGUACCUAUUGAAAUUCAUUAUAAAUGAAAAAUAAACGUACGACGACUUGUUGCAGAAA